GGGAGAACGACUGAAAACAACAGGAAAGAGGGAGAGGCACAACUGGACUAUGACAGAUCGACUCCUUUCACAUUACUUAUAGUAAUUUUCUCCAUUGUUAAUAUAAAAAUAUUGAUUAGUACAUCUUUAAAAGCCUCAACCGCAAAGUGUCUUUAAAGAAUAAUGUCCUGAUUACUCAUUGGAGCUGCUUUCUUUAAAGAUUUCUUUUUUGUGGUAAAACCAAAACUAUCUGCAUGGCUAGAUACUGCAAGAAGUAAGGAAGAAAAUAUGUUUUUUUUGUAAUUUUGACUUUAUUUUGUGAAAUGCUGUGACUCUGGUUCUUUGGUUCUGUCCUCUGACGUUUAAUUAUUUCUGCUUCUGAUAAAUAUGUACAUACAUUAAACUCCAAUCAGCUCACAAAUCAUUUUGACAUUUCAAGUAGAAAGUCUGAAUAUGUUUCCCUCUGAUCUUUGUUGACUUGUUAGGCUGCACAGACCAGGCUUAUUAUCAUAUAAUCAAGUAAUUGACACUGCACUGAUGGGUCCUAGCUGUCCACUCACAUGAGAGCUCUUUGUCAGAUGUGGGUUUUGUGUUUUGAUGGAUGCGAGCCUCCCUAAAGGCACAUAUGUUACUUCACAACAGGCUACAGAGGAACCUCUUGCCUUUGGAAGAUAGGAGAGAUGACAAGACUAAGUCCCUUUUAACAUCUGGAGCAUAUCCUCUGUCACCAUCAUCAGCUUGUGCAUGCUUUGUCAGCUCACAUGUUGUGACUUGAUGCGUGUCUGACGGCUGAGGCUUUGGAUCGAGCAUGCUCUCGGCCCCUACAGACAGGUUAAAUGGGGUGUUAGAGAGGUAAACAGCCUUGAAGUUCAAAUAUUUUCCUCUCUCUGAGUGUAGGUAAGGCUAUGGCUUAGAUCAAUAUGCCAGGGUCAUCAAAGACAGGCUUAUCAGAGCAUAGCUUGAGCCUACUGUCUGGGGUCAUCGCUGAUUGGUAGACCAAACAAGCCUUGUCAUUUCAGAUGCCCUUUCCUCUGUCUCAGUUGGGGGAACAAGGAUUUAAUCUUUGCCCUUUGGGAGAACAUUUAUUCUGUGUGAUUGCUUUAUGAACUAAGAUUGCAAAAGCAAGAGCGAAGCCUUGAACAGUCAUUGAUUAAAAGUUCUUCCUGCUUUUCUGCAGAGAAAAGCAAAGCAGCAGAGAGCGCCUUACUAAUUGAGUGCUCUUUGGCCUUGGCUGAUAUAAGAUAGAUUCAGGGGGAUGAUAAAUGCCUGCGACUCAUUAAAGUCUUUAGCAGCUUGAUUAAACACCAGAGGCGUACGUGUAUUUGUGCCUGUGUACGUGAGUGUACGUGUACGUGAAGGCACAGAUCAAAUUGCCAGAGAUGCUUGCAGUUUUCCCAACAUUGCCACAGGAUUACUCUCUGCUGUAUCAACCUUUCAUGCUCCUGAUUCCACUCUGAAUGACGUGAUACCAGCUGCCAAAAAGAUUGUCAGCAUUAAUAAGCAGCUGCUGUGUGGUAUUCAGUGCCAAAGCAGUUCAAAAUGUUUACUUAUCCUGGGAAUAUCUCAACAUCUACAAGAUGGAUCGGCAGAAAUGUUUGAACUGGUUGGACCCCUCCAAGGAGAUCAAAAAGCAGAUGCGCAACUCUCCAUGGCACUUGGCCUUCGCAGUCAAGUUCUACCCUCCAGACCCCUCCCAGCUCACUGAGGAUAUUACCAGAUACUACCUGUGUCUGCAGCUGAGGGAUGACAUGCUGUCAGGUCGUCUGCCGUGCUCGUUUGUCACUCACGCCCUCCUGGGCUCCUACACUGUUCAAGCUGAGCUGGGGGACUAUGACCAGGACGACCAUGGCUCCGACUAUGUUAGCGAUUUCCGUUUUGCCCCCAAUCAGACUCGCGAGCUGGAGGAGAGGGUGAUGGAGCUCCAUCGAAACUACAAGGGGAUGACUCCAGCAGAGGCUGAAAUUAACUUCUUGGAGAAUGCGAAGAAACUGUCCAUGUACGGGGUGGACCUACAUCACGCUAAGGAUUCUGAAGGGAUUGACAUAAUGUUGGGUGUCUGUGCCAACGGCCUGUUGAUUUACCGUGAUAGGCUGAGGAUCAACCGCUUUGCCUGGCCAAAGAUCCUUAAGAUCUCCUAUAAGAGGAGCAACUUCUACAUCAAGAUACGACCUGGAGAGUAUGAGCAGUUUGAAAGUACAAUUGGUUUUAAACUUCCUAACCACAGAGCUGCCAAGAAGCUGUGGAAGGUCUGCAUCGAGCAUCACACCUUCUUCCGGCUGGUGUCUCCAGAGCCUCCUCCUAAGGGCUUCUUGGUGAUGGGUUCAAAGUUUCGAUACAGUGGAAGGACACAGGCUCAAACGAGACAGGCCAGCGCUCUUAUAGACCGGCCUGCUCCGCACUUUGACCGUUCCACCAGCAAGAGGUACCUGCUGUCCAGGAGCUUGGACGGAGCAGAGUUCUCACGGCCUGUAUCAGCCAUGUGUGAGAACCAUGAUGGCCUAUCCCACCGCAGCAUCAGUGAACAGCGUCGCCUCCACAGCCCCUCUGUAGACGAGCAGGAGACCGAGCUAGAGCCCAGUUUGGAGCAGGACGAGGAGGACAAAGAUCAAGAGCGGGGCCAGGAGAUGGAGCAAGACAAAGACCAGGACGGCAGUGUCACUCCAAGCAGAAAGAAAGAGAUCAUGGAGGAGGCUGGGUCACCAGUUGACAGUAAACAGGAGCUCUCUCAGUUGGACCAGGAGGCCACUCCUCGGCACAAACAGGAGUUUCUGGAUAAGUCGCAGGACUUCUUGCUAAAGCACCAGGCCAGCAUCAACGAGUUGAAGAAAACCCUGAGGGAGCCAAACAGCAAGCUGAUGAAUCGCGAGAAGCGUCUGUCAGUCACCUCCCCAACUGGCACACCAGAGAAGAAGGCUUUGGUGGGCCGAGCAGUGGAAAAGGACCCUGUUAACAGCCUGUCUGUUGAGGGUUUCAUCCAGAAGACUCUGGUGACUUCACCCGAGGGCUCUGAGGAGUGGGUAUUGAUUGAAAAACAGGAAACUUAUCAACAGGACCAUGACUGGAAGACAGAAGAAAAGAACAAAUCUCUCACAUCUGAUUCCUCAUGGGAGAAAAAGGAGCUGGAAAAAGAGAUAGACGUUACCAAGAUGAUACAUGAAGAGGUAACAGGGUAUGACAGGAAAGAAAUGAAAAGUCAUGUUGAUGAAUUUCCGUCAACAAAAUCGUUCAAAGAGGCAGAUGUAUGCUCUGAGCCUCGGCCAACUAACAAAAGUCGCUUUGUGAUUCAAUUAUCUGAGAAUGCAGACUUGUUUCAAGACAAAUCUCAAAGUAAACCAUCUCAAGCCUCAGACCCUUUGGCAAACAAUGAUGUGGCCCCAGGCUCGCAACAGAUAAAGGAACGCACAGCUUCUAAACCAAAUAAAAAGAGGAGACCCCAGAGCUUAAACCUGGGAAUGCCUGCAGAGCUCAUCUACAGGAAAGGAGGCAGUGAUUCUACUGGAGAAGAAGAUGAGGGCUCAGACUCGGACAACAGUCCUGAAAAAACAGGAAAUCAUUGUGAAUCGUCCCCGGUGGUAAUGAUGAAAGAUGAUCAGGGAUCAGGAAAGGAUCAAUUUGUCAGGGUCUAUAGAGGCAACAAACAAGAGGAUAUAUCAAUAGGAGAAAGCAGGGAGGUCUGUACUCAAGGAACAGAGCAGGUAAAGAGAAAAGUGAGUCAAGUUGGGCCAGCAGAUACUGAUUUAGGCUCAGUGAAUGGACCCGGAAAGAUAGAACAUGAUAGUUCAUUAGCAGGUGUUAAAGGGGAGUGUGUGAUGAAGGUACGAGGGAAGGGUCUUAUUGACAACAAAGAACUAGCCGAGGUAAAACUGCGACAGGUCAGGACACAUGAGAGGAAGAUCAGUAGUUCUGGGACAGAGGAUAUUGAGGGUUUCAUCGGAGACAGAGGUCAGAGGACGUCUCUCCACCGACUGUCAGGCAGCAGCUACCACUCGGAAAUCACCAGGAUUGUUCCUCUCAAGCCAGAGCGGUCAAAGAGCGUAGCCUGUAAGGAUGAAAGGGACAAGACAGGACAGGAUGAGGCCACACGGGCCAUAAGAAGAGAAUACCGCUGGUCGGUCGGCUCUCCAGAGGGACCCUCAGACCUCAACUGGGCUGACGUCUCCACCUUCCAUCCAGCAUUCACAGCAGAUCUGGAGGGUAUCGCUAAAACAGAACAUCCUGAUGAUAGCUCUCAGUCUGGUAGAGGACCUACAGAAAGUCAGUCGUCCGGCUCUAAGAUUUCAGUGCUUCCCAAAAUGGCUCCCCCCGCCCCACCAGUGAAAACACAGAAGGCCAGGGAGUCUGGACUAAUACUGCGGAACAGCCGAAAUGCUGGCAGGGAGCCGAGCCUGGACACAGCCAAGAAGAGACACUCGGAGCCUGUCUCUACUCCUGCCAUUUAUGAAGAGCCGUUUGCUGAUUUCAAGAAGGAGCUUGGGGACAGGAGGCCCCAGCCGAGCAUAGCCUCAGAGGAGGAGCAGGAGCAGGACACAGUGGCCUGCAUGAGGGAAACCCACCUGGGCAUCGAGCGCAAGUGCUCCAGCAUGACGGUCAGCUCCACGUCCAGCCUGGAGGCUGAGGUCGACUUCACCGUUAUCAUGGACCUCCACUCCGGCGUAGAGGACUUCUCUAAGGACAUGUCGGAGCUGGGAGAGAGGGAGCGACAGCUUGAGGUGGGCCGAGAGGACUUUGAGGAGACCUCCAGGUUCUACUCUGCCCGUCUGAUGGGCUCUCGGGACAAGUCUCCAAUAGAGGAGAAGCUUCAUGAGGAGGGAACACAUCAUGAGCCUCCUGUGGCAAAGAAAGACCCCAGUGCUGUGAGUGUGGCUCAUAUGCUGAAGAGGUCCAACAGCAAGACAGAAACACAUACGAAUGGAUCAGAGAUCCACCCCAACAUCAUGAAUGUCUCACCACAGAACUAUGGAGUUGUCAGCCCGCAGGAAGCUCCUGCUGCCCUUAAAGAAAAUGGCUCCCCUGUAAAAGCUGACACCCAGGAGAGGGAGUCUGUUGUGUCCCCGCUGACAAUCACCACUGAGAGCGUCACCUCAGCAACCACAACUCAAGUUACCAAGACUGUGAAAGGAGGCUACUCGGAGACCAGAAUUGAGAAAAGGAUUAUAAUCACAGGAGACGAUGAUGUGGAUCAACAUCAGGCCCUUCAAAUGGCGAUCCAAGAGGCCAAGCAGCAGCACCCCGACAUGCUGGUGACAAAAGCAGUGGUUAUCAGAGAAACAGAAUCUCCAACUGAGGAGCUGCAGCAGAAAGCAGAGUCCUGAUUGGUCAUGGUGGCUCCUUAGACGCGGGCACAGGAGAGGAUCCUCCAGCUGUGUGUCUCCUGCCCCGCCCUGCAGUACGCCACCAACCGGAUAUGAGGACUCUCUACCCCGCCUGUGUACACACCGACACGAGAACGGAUCGCGUUCCAUGACGCAGUAGACCUCCACUCCUGUCCCUUUAGACAAACCAACUGUGACUCGGCCUCUGACCCAACUCAGCCUCCCGUUGUGUCCCGGCCCUUCCCAGCCCUCCACCUCCUUGGAACAGGAAAUGUCUUCUAUUGGAUACCAUUUGAUUUAAUCAAGUGGAGUAAUGUAAGAUUGAAAGUGAACCCGUCACAGCUGUAACUAUUUGAAUUCACCUCUGUAACAGUUAUUUGUCUGAAACUUUACUUGCAUAUUAUUUGAUUUAAUACAUUUUGACUUCUUUGAAUCCUGAGGGUCAUUUGAAUUAAUGUGUUUUCAACCCCAAACUCCCCCCAGCCCCAAUACCCUUCCCUCACAAAUUACUUUUUUCUUUUAGGGUCCCAAACUUCUGCCCUAUGCUACGGUCAAUACGAAUUGAAUAAGAUAUAAAAGCAGAGGAGGGUUGAGUGAAAAGAUGGGGACAAUGCUGGUGGUGGGGGGGUGGGAUAUGGAGGUUGGUGCCAAGUGGCAAGAGGUAGCCUUUCGCUCGUUGUUGCCACCUCCUGGCUGUGACACCUUCAGUAUAAUCAACAGCUGUCUUAUUAGCUUUUUACAUUUUUAUCUAUAGAGAUAGAUCUAAUUUAUGUCCAGUGUUCGCUUGUUUAUGAAAUAUGUAUAAUAUCAGAUGAUUAUAAUGUGCAUGAUUCAAUUACAAAAUAGCCAAGGGAAUGAAAAAAAUAAAUACUCGGACAUGUCCACAUUCCAAUCCAUAAGAAGCUCUGAGAUGAUGGGACUGAGCACCUAUGGCAAAACUGUAAAAAUCACUGGGCCAAUGAUUAGUGGACACACAGUGAUCUUGAUUGACUCUACUGAAGAAAAAAGUAACACUUCACUUCAGCUGGAGCUCUGCUUUGGUCCCAGUCUCUAACAUAUAAACAUCACUGAACUUGUCCCAUUUCCCCCUCUCACUGUUACUGUUUUCAUUUUGGUGUCAACUCGCCAUCUACAUAAAGAAAUGCUGGUCACACGUUUUGGGCACAGUUAUAAGAUUUUUUGAGAAAUUUUAAUAUAAAUAAUGUUUUAUCUAAUAAGUUUCAGAAAUGUGAUGUGUUUUCAUUUUUUAUUUGAUUUUACUAACUUCCAUCAUGAAACAGAGUUUGUGGGUUAUUCUUGUGUUUUUGGAUGUUUCAGUCUUCAUGUGUGGACAGGAGCUUAAUUUUUUGUGCUGUUACGUUGCUAGAUGCUGUAUUUCACUGGAGAUCAUACAAAGUUAAUCAGAACGAUCUUACUCAAAAGAGAGAAUUGCAGUGAAUUGGGGAACAGGCCUUUGGUCAUUUUGUUGUGCCUGAAAUAUCUGGCUGUCUGUAGCUGUUCAUUCAAGAUUUAAAAUCUUAACAUAUGGCCCUGUCAAUAAUCAAUAUCAGCAUCAUAUCCAUUCCUUGAACCUGCUAUAAUUGAUUUUUUUAGCCACUGGGGCAGCGCAACAAGCUGUAAACACAACAUUGACAUAUUAUAAUAGCAGACAUGUUAGCAAACAGUUGUCUAUUUACACAUCCAGCAUACAAGCAACAACAUUAGCAUUCAUUUGGAGUUAUGUUGGCCACCUGGUGAAUCAAAGACCAAUAGUGACUCUUCUUUUAUCUCUGUUUUGUUCCCUUGAAGGAAUUAUUUGACUCUUAAGCUGCUAAAUGUUCAUCAGCUAGUCUGAACUUUGUCUGCAGUUUGGUGCUUUCAAGAAUGAGUGCUAGAGUGAACCAAAUCAGUAAAGUUGCAGGCCAUAAAACUUCAUUUCAAUUCAGUUCAAUUAUAUAUAUAGCGCCAAUUGAUUCAUUUGUAGUAUGAAAACAUUGAUCAUAGCAGCUUUGAACAGCAACUUCAAAAAGCAAUGUUAAAAAUUAUGUUUUCCAGUUUUGUUGCCUGAAAAGUUCAAAACCACAAGAUUAACAUGGAUACGUUUUUGUUUUCUGUUAGAUUAACUCUUAAGUUAUGGUGUAUGAGUUUGUAAUUGUAUUUAUAGGCGUGGUGAAUGUGAGGCCUGUGCUUUUCCUCCCUGUUCCUCUUCCAGACAAAGCCGAGACUCUUAGUGUGACAUACAUGAAGCACCGUCUACCCACAGAACCUGUUGGCUGUCACGUAACAUAUAUCCUGGAUGACCUUUAAUACUAUACUAUGCAUCACUUAUCAUACAUAAGAAUCCUCUGAUGGAGCCUGACCCAUGUUAGCCGUGUUGCCGUCAAUGUCAACUUUGUGCUACUGUUAACCGAAGCAGUGAAGCGCACGGCUUGUGAGAUUUGCAAUAAGCAGCCAUUAUUCUUAUCCUCUGUCCUCUAAAGGGAGAAAACUGUGAACUCUCAUGCGUACCGAAGCGUAACCAAAACCUAUAACACAGAGUUAGUGAUAUUCAAAGGAGCUUUUCCAACACUUGUGACCAUGGCUUUGUUGCCCUUGUCCUCCUCCCAUCCCCUGACUUGAAACUGUCGACCUGCUGUUAAUGUAUCUAAGGAAACAAGAAAUUCCCAAACUGAUUGUUUGUAUAUUUUAUUUUGCUCUAUUUUAUUUUUCUGGUCAUAUGACACUGGACUGUUGUGAAGGCACUUGCUUGCAGUGAUAGCAGCACAUAUACUGUAAACUGUUGAGAAAUUACCUGUAUGUGCUGUAGUAUUGGACACACUACUGAUAGUAGAUAAACAACUGUAGGCAUCAGGAGAGAAGUUGUGUACCAUGGACAAGGUGGUGAAUUGAAGGGUGGAGGGCCUGUAUUUAUAUAUAAAUAUCCAUACUCCUGUGUAUUAUCCUGUAAACUAUGUAGAAAUUGACAGGAGCAGGGAUGUGUUUUUAGGUUCAAGAGAUGAGGCAGUAAGAAUAAUCCAAAGGACAGCAGUACAACAUAAAUGUCACAUGAAUGGGUGCCUUAUAUUUGGAGUCGUGGUUAUGGGAGUAGGAUCCACAGUUAUCAGUGCUCAGCUGAAAGUGCUGUUAAUCACCGUGAGGCAGAUGUAGAAACGACCUCUCCUCUCAGUCCAAGGUGAGGAGGAGCUGUCAUGAAAGCGAAUUACUGUCUUGUAAAGAAUGUGACAUUGAGCGUAGUGACAAAGAAGUCUCUCUGUCCGCCCCAUUAAUGUAGAAAACCAGCAUAGUACAGAUUAUGGAUAUGAGCUUUUUUUUUCUGUGAAGAGCAUCAAUCUGCUCCACUAUUUAGCCCCCACCUUCAAUUCCCCACUGCCUUUUGCUCUACAUUGCCCUAGUGCUUGGUGGUGUGUAUUUGCUGUAUUUGCAUUCAGUCUAAAUGGAAAACAUACAUGCAUAAAUAAAUGUCUCAGUAUAAUUCAAACACUGUCUCUGAUUCUGAAAAGAUUGGAGAGGGAUUUCACUUUGACUAGUUGCCUAUAAUGAAGAAGUGAAACUUAAGAAAAUGUAUAAUUUUUUACUUAAUUAUAUGGCUUUCAUUCAUUAAUAAUUCAUCAUAUGUAAUAAAUGGGGUUUUUGUACUAUGGAUGGAAUUAUUAUUGUAGUGAAACAAAAGAAAAAAUACCUUGUUUUGUAUUGCCAUCUAGUGGCCAAAUUCAGCAACUAUAACGGGUGCAGACUCAAGUUAUUUGUGAGUUCUUAGUGCCAUCUAGUGUAUUUUCUGUAACCAAUAAACUCUGCUCAACAUAUGAAAGUACUAUACUCACACAUUUAUAGAAAAUGCCAUAGAUUUUCAGCAUUUAUUAAAUGAAUGUUCUGACAAAAAAUAUACAGAAGAUGUACUACUUUGAUUUCUAUUCCUUAAAGGAGCAUUGCACGGAUUUUACACAUCAAGAUCAGUGUACUAAUCAUGUGGAGUACCACAAAGCCUAUGAAAACAGUUGUAUAGUGUCUUCUGUGGCUCUAGAGGAACUGUGUCAAGUCUGAGAAAAUAACAAAUGAUGAUGUCAUAGUGAUGUCAUACAGGGUUAUCCCAGGUUGGGUUUUGAGACUACACAUUUUUCACAGAAAACCUGCAUUACAAAUUUGGGAUGUGCAGUUUAAAAGAUGUGGCUGUUUACCCUGCAUGAAGAGUCUAAUGAAGAGAUGGUAUCGUGUUGCAUUAUGGGAAGUGUAAGAUCUAGUCUUUUUGGAACUUGACCCCUACUAAGGACAAAAAGUCUGGAUGCCUAGAUUUCUGCUUCUUCAAUUUUGCCUUGUGCAAUACUAAAUAAAAAAAGAUAUAUCUA